AUGUGGGACCGGAAGGCGGUGAUCAAAAAUGCAGACAUGUCGGAAGAGAUACAACAGGACUCGGUGGAGUGCACGACUCAGGCGUUGGAGAAGUAUAACAUAGAGAAGGAUAUUGCGGCCCAUAUCAAGAAGGAGUUUGACAAGAAGUACAACCCCACCUGGCACUGCAUUGUGGGGUGGAACUUCGGUAGUUAUGUGACAGGUGAAACCAAACACUUCAUCUACUUCUACCUGGGUCAGGUGGCUAUUCUUCUGUUCAAAUCUGGUUAAAAGCAUGGACUGUGCCAAACACCCAGUGAU